CCGCAGCGAAACGCGUUAACCGAACAUUGAGGAGGAGAGGAGGAACGAGGAUGAUGGGAGCGAGUCGUAUUCCACUCAAGUGACCCAUAUCUUACAGUAGACCCAGAUAUUACUUAACCUACUUCUUGUUCUCGAGGAUUUGUCUGUAUCAAGAUGUCGGCGUCAGCGAUAUUUAUCCUCGACUUGAAGGGAAAGGUUCUGAUUUGCCGGAACUACAUGGGAAACAUGGACAUGAAUCAGAUAGACCAUUUCAUGCCCAUUCUGAUGAAGAGAGAAGAAGACGCUGAGAUGUCGCCACUGAUCAGCCAUGGCUCCACACACUUCAUGUGGAUCAAACACAACAACCUUUACCUGGUGGCGAUGACCAAGAAGAAUGCCAAUGCUGCUCUUGUAUACUCAUUCCUUUAUAAAAUAGUACAGGUAUUUAAAGAGUACUUUAAAGAGCUCGAGGAGGAGAGUAUUCGUGACAACUUUGUGACUGUGUACGAGCUGAUGGAUGAGGUGAUGGAUUUUGGGUUUCCUCAGACAACUGAGAGCAAGAUCCUACAAGAGUACAUCACGCAGCAGGGCCAUAAAUUAGAGGUCGGGGCACCGCGACCUCCUGCUACUGUCACCAAUGCUGUGUCUUGGCGGUCAGAGGGCAUCAAGUACAGGAAGAAUGAAGUUUUUAUGGAUGUUAUAGAGUCAGUAAAUCUCCUGGUGAGUGCCAGUGGGAGUGUCCUACGCAGUGAAAUAGUGGGCAGCAUCAAGCUCAAAGUGGUCCUGUCGGGGAUGCCUGAACUUAGACUGGGCCUCAAUGAUAAAGUGCUGUUUGAGCUCACGGGCAGAGAGAAGAGCAAGACAGUGGAGCUGGAGGAUGUGAAGUUUCAUCAGUGUGUCCGUCUGUCACGCUUUGAGAACGACCGCACCAUCUCUUUUAUCCCCCCUGAUGGCGAGAGCGAGCUCAUGUCCUACCGCCUCAACACUACAGUGAAGCCUCUCAUAUGGAUCGAGAGUAUGAUUGAGAAGUUCUCUCACAGCCGUGUGGAGAUCAAGGUUAAGGCUAAAAGUCAGUUUAAGAGCCGGUCCACUGCCAACAAUGUGUCCAUUCUGGUGCCGGUGCCCAGCGAUGCUGACUCACCCAAGUUCAAGACCAGCACAGGCAGCGCCAAGUGGGUGCCCGAGAAGAAUGCGGUGCAGUGGAACAUCAAAUCUUUCCCUGGGGGUAAGGAGUAUGUGAUGCGAGCACACUUUGGGCUGCCCAGCGUGGAGAGCGACGAGCUGGAGGCAAAGAGACCAAUCACAGUUAAUUUUGAGAUACCCUAUUUCACUGUGUCCGGGAUUCAGGUGCGCUACCUAAAGAUCAUAGAGAAGAGUGGUUACCAGGCGUUGCCAUGGGUGCGCUACAUCACGCAAAGUGGAGAUUACCAGCUCCGGACGAACUAAAGGGCACAGAUGCUGCUAGACGAAUGGAUAUUUUCUCUCUCUCUGUCUGUCUUCAUCUCGCCUCCAUUUCUCCAGAUUCCUCUCUGCAACGGGCAGCAGAGGACAAGUGCAGGAGGACAGAUGAUUUUAUUUUUUUCCCCCCUCUCUGAAUGGCUCCAGGACAUCAUCCCUUCCUUGAAAACUGACUUGACUCAGACAGGAAAGGGUGGUGCAUCAACUCUGACCUGUAAUUUUUGACUGCGUUUCCUCAAGUCUUCAGUAAAACAUAAAUAACUGAACUGGUAACUCACUUCUAAUGUGACAUCCCUCCAGGUUCAUUUAAAGUAAUGUUUAUGGAACCAAACCAUUUUUCUUUUCUAGUUUUCUUGAGAAAGGGAGAUGUUGAACAAUAUUUCAGUGUAGUAUUUGAAACAUGGUCAAUUUGGGCUGCUCAGCUUGUCCAAUGGCUUUCUGCUGUGUACUAUGUAAUCUGACUGAUUAUGUAGUCCCAGUAUACAGCAGCUGUGAUUGUUUAUCGUCAGUUCUUAUUUCUCUAAGGGCCGUAAUAUUGCAGACUGGUAAUUUUUCUAAAUUGAAAACUGCCCUGUACUCAGAAUUUUUUUUUUUUCUGUUCUUUGGAGAAAGUUACAUGUUGCUCAGUGCAGGAUCUUAGCUGCUACACAAACUCAGUCAGCAUUUUUAACAUUUAUGUUUUUGACUCAGUCAUAUGACCCCCCGUCAUUUAUAUCCACUUUAUUACCCAUAUUCAGUUGUUGAUUUUCCUCUCACAGCAUGCUUUUUUUUUUCCCUCUGAAUAACACGUUCAUUGCCUCAAAGAUGCCUGUGUAUCAUCAGCCUUAGCACUGUGAACUUAAUCCCCCAGUGCACUGAAAUUAACACCAGCAACCAGAUCAAUGAUUAAUAAGGCACAAUAUUGUCAGAGGCAUUGGCAGCGUAACAUAAUACUGUCGACACACUCUCAUGGGGCCUGUAACCUUGUCCUUGUGCUCGAAAUCAGCUCGCAGUUCAGAGCACAGACUGAAGGAAUGACAGAGGUGGGGUUUUCUCAUCCUUAUAUCUGUUGUUCAUACUGUACUAGUCACCCCCAUGUGGAAAGAAGGCUUUGAGGGACAGCAGAGGGGGUGGAGGAGUGGUGGUAGAACAAAUGUAAAAUAAACUGAAGAGAUUUUUGUGCAGAAUGUGGGAAUAUUGACAAAAUGUUGAAUGUUUUUUUUUUUUGGUUUUUUUUCUGUUUCCCAAAAUUCUUUUAUUUGGGGGGGGGGGGGGGCUUCUGCAGGUCUCUAUGCUUCUUCACUCCCUCUACUGUGCACGCCUUGCACCACAUCAUCUGCAAUACAGAAGAGUCAUUUUAUUACCAUGUCUGCUGUUCAAACAAAACCACCUAUUACAAUCAUUCAGUUUUGUUUUUUUUGUUUUUUUUUUAUGUGUUUCAGACCCCGGUGAGGAUUUUAAUAGGUGUGUGCUAUCAUGUGUUUUGAUUAAUUUAUCAAGGACUGUUUGUCCACUGGGAACAAAGGGAUAUAUUUGGAAAUAAAACAUUUUUUGUAUCUUGUUAUGGGAUAUCAUUUUUUUUUUUGUUUGUAAGAGGACAUUUCUGCACAUUAUUCCUUAUUAUACUAUUUCACUAAAUUGUAAUAAGUGACGGUAAUGUGCCUCCAGUGGUGUAGUGGUUAACAAAGUCGCUUGUUCGAUUCCUGCUGGAGACACAAAUCCCCUGCAGGGUUGCGAAAACAUUUGGAGCUACCCGCUGUGGUGACCCCAUGUGGCAUGGGAGCACCCGAAAGCAGCAUGUAGUAUGUGAGAGUAAUAUGAUGUUUGUCAGCUCUGAAAUGUAGAACAUCAACAGUCUGACACAUUAGUGAGCAGAUCUCAGAUUAAUGCUCCAUAAAU